GGGUUCAGUUUAUUGAUGCUGAGACACAGGUGAUGGUAUGCGAGCACUCUAUACGUAACAUACAACGCAUUUGUCAGGACAGCGAAGAUCUCAAUCAUUUUGCUUACAUAACCAAAAAGUUGGAGACAAACAAUUAUUAUUGUCAUGUGUUUUCAUCAAACAAUACGUGUGAAGACUGUAAA